GUCUGCACGCCCCGCCAUCCUGCACACAGCCGUGCCUGUCAUGAGGCAACAGUGGAGCCUUUACUCGACUGUGAUGUCAUUACAUAGACGUGAGGAGCUUAAGUCAUUGAUGAUUAUACACAGUCAAUAGGCACUGUCAGGAUCAAGUCUUCAUUUCCGAGAAUGGUUUGUGGGAGUUUUACAUGUGUGAUGUGAGUGUUCAGAUUGGGAUCUUGGACAUCCUUCAACUGGGGUUUCAAAGCAGGGGGAACUAUGCUGAAUCUGUUAUCAAGUGGUGAUAUGAUAAUUUGAGAUCCUAUUUCUGUCUGGAUUAUAUAAGCAAACUACUAACUGGACUGUCAUGUGAAGAAAGGUUCUUGGUCUGGAGUACAGUUGUGUAUAUUCCUACUGCUGGAAAUCGUUGUCGCAACGUUGGUUUGUACAAUUACGACAGGUGAUCAUGGAGAGUAAUGGACGUCUGGGACUCCACAUCUUUGUGACAACGUCCUACCUCAUCAUCGGAAUGUUGAUAUUCCGCAGCCUCGAACUGGAAAACGAGAAAGCAAUGCGGGUACAGAUGACCCAGAAGCUCCAGGCGUUUAUGGCCAACUCCACGUGUGUGUCGAUGUCGGAGCUGCGCUACCUGGUGGGGGUGGUAGGGGGCGACGUCAGAAUGGCCAUGGCAGUUGUAGCUAACAGAACGACAUCAGACAGAUGGGAAUACUCUGGUGCGAUGUCAUUCGUUGUCACAGUCGUCACCACUAUAGGUUAUGGUCACCUCGCCCCCGUGACGACGCCUGGUCGUGUGGUCAGCGUCAUCUACGCCUUGAUCGGCAUCCCCCUCACCCUCAUCAUGUUGAAGGACAUCGGCGACAAGCUGAACAACGUGAUUGCUCGCCUGUACAGGGUGGAGUAUUGUCAGAAGGCUUGGGUUAACAAGACUAUCAACGUAUCCAUCAUUCUCAUCGUUGGCGUCAACGUCGCCAUACUUCUGCCGUCAGCGUUAUUUAUUCACGUCGAGGGUUGGACGAUGAUGGAAGCUGUCUACUACUGCUUCAUCACGCUCAGCACGAUAGGCUUUGGGGAUUUCCUGCCUUCGGGAGCCAAUCUGUUGACCAUGAACAGACGUCUGUAUAGAUUCACCAUUUACAUCUGGAUCUUCAUCGGGCUCGCCUAUGUAUCUCUGAUUAUCAGCUGUAUCUCAAACACCAUCGUGGAGAAGGCCCGAUCUGUGGAGAGACAUACGCUGACCAAAGUGGAGGCUGAGCUGAGGCGACUGCGGCAUGAGGUGAUGAAGUAUCAGCAUCGAUCACGUGAUAUCACAACCGACGUGGUCGGAGCCGCAUCGCCAAGUUGUCCGUUAGACGUCAAACUGAUGCACUAUAAACAUGUCGGACAGGACAACGACGCAUUUGUAUGUGCUCUCAGCUCAAAAACAACACAUGUCGAAGUCCAGAAAAAGGAUAACGAUGUCAUGGACGCAACAGUGGAAAAGUAUCAACAAUAAUCUAUCCGUGGACACUGGAGAGAGAAUGAGAGAGAGAGAGAGAGAGAGAGAGAGGGGGGGGG